GUGACAGGCAAGGGGGCGAGCUGCGCGACCAGCGGUUUGUUUUUCGGAGCGUUCCUGAGGUGGAGAACGGUGGCCCGACGGAGGAACUGCGGGACUGAGCGACUGGUCAGCGGGAGGGCCGAGCGGCGCAGCCGAGGCCAGGCUGGGCCGAGCCGAGGAGCUCCGGGGAUGUAGCGGGCCACCCUGCCCAUGCCACAGCGCCCGGCCGCGGCCGGAGCCGGAGCCGGAGCCUGGGGAGGCGGCGGGGGGCCCGAGCUCAGCCCGCGCCCCCCGCGCGGAGCCAGGCCCGCUGCCGUCCCCGCCGCCCGGGCCCCCGGCAUGCAGCCCCGGCUGCGGAGGUGACACUCGGGCCCGAGCAGCCGCCGCCGCCAUCGCCACCAUGGAUGAACAGGAGGCAUUGAACUCGAUCAUGAAGGAUCUGGUGGCCCUCCAGAUGAGCCGACGUCCCCGGGUGCCUGGAUAUGAGACCAUGAAGAACAAAGACACGGGUCACCCAAAUAGGCAGAAAAGAAAACAUAACAGGAUCAGCUCAGCCCUUCUGAACAGCACCACAGUAACAACAGGCUUAUGUGCAGGGGCCAGUGAGAAAGAGGAAUUUUGGAGUGACGUCAGAAUCAAGUUUGAGCACAACGGGGAGAGGCGAAUUAUAGCAUUCAGUCGGCCUGUGAGAUACGAGGAUGUGGAGCACAAGGUGACAACAGUAUUUGGGCAGCCUCUUGAUCUCCAUUACAUGAACAAUGAGCUCUCCAUCCUGCUGAAGAACCAGGAUGAUCUUGAUAAAGCAAUUGACAUUUUGGAUAGAAGCUCAAGCAUGAAAAGCCUUAGGAUACUGCUGCUGUCCCAAGACAGGAACCACACCAGUUCUUCUCCCCACUCCGGGGUGUCCAGACAGGUGCGGAUCAAAGCUUCCCAGUCUGCAGGAGAUAUAAAUACCAUCUACCAGCCCCCUGAGCCCAGAAGUAGGCACCUCUCUGUCAGCUCUCAGAACCCUGGCCGAAGCUCACCUCCCCCUGGCUAUGUGCCUGAACGGCAGCAGCGCAUUGCCCGGCAGGGUUCCUACACCAGCAUCAACAGUGAGGGGGAGUUCAUUCCAGAGACCAGCGAGCAAUGUAUGCUGGAUCCCCUGGACAGUGCUGAAAAUUCCUUGUCAGGAAGCUGCCAAUCCUUGGACAGGUCAGCAGACAGUCCAUCGUUCCGGAAAUCGAGAAUGUCCCGAGCCCAGAGCUUCCCAGACAACAGACAGGAGUUCUCGGAUCGGGAAACUCAGCUCUAUGACAAAGGGGUCAAAGGUGGAACCUACCCCCGGCGCUACCACGUUUCUGUGCACCACAAGGACUACAACGAUGGUAGAAGAACAUUUCCCCGAAUACGACGUCAUCAAGGUAACCUGUUCACCCUGGUGCCCUCCAGCCGCUCCCUGAGCACAAAUGGCGAGAACAUGGGUCUGGCGGUGCAAUAUCUGGACCCCCGAGGGCGCCUGCGGAGUGCAGACAGCGAGAACGCCCUCUCAGUGCAGGAGAGGAAUGUGCCGACCAAGUCUCCUAGUGCCCCCAUCAAUUGGCGCCGAGGGAAGCUCCUGGGCCAGGGUGCCUUCGGCAGAGUCUAUUUGUGUUAUGACGUGGACACAGGACGUGAACUUGCUUCUAAGCAGGUCCAGUUUGACCCAGACAGUCCUGAGACAAGCAAGGAGGUGAGUGCUCUGGAGUGUGAGAUCCAGUUGCUGAAGAACUUGCAGCACGAGCGCAUUGUGCAGUACUAUGGCUGUCUGCGGGACCGUGCUGAGAAGACCCUGACCAUCUUCAUGGAGUACAUGCCGGGGGGCUCAGUGAAAGACCAGCUGAAGGCCUAUGGAGCUCUGACGGAGAGUGUGACCCGAAAAUACACCCGGCAGAUCCUGGAAGGCAUGUCUUAUCUGCAUAGCAACAUGAUCGUUCACCGAGACAUCAAGGGAGCCAACAUCCUCCGAGACUCUGCAGGGAACGUGAAGCUGGGGGACUUUGGGGCCAGCAAACGCCUGCAGACCAUCUGCAUGUCAGGCCCAGGCAUGCGCUCGGUCACCGGCACACCCUACUGGAUGAGCCCUGAGGUGAUCAGCGGCGAAGGCUAUGGAAGGAAGGCAGACGUGUGGAGCCUGGGCUGCACUGUGGUAGAGAUGCUGACGGAGAAACCACCUUGGGCAGAGUAUGAAGCCAUGGCCGCCAUUUUCAAGAUUGCCACGCAGCCCACGAAUCCUCAGCUGCCCUCCCAUAUCUCUGAGCACGGGCGGGACUUCCUGAGGCGCAUUUUUGUGGAGGCCCGCCAGAGACCUUCUGCCGAGGAGCUGCUCACACACCACUUUGCACAGCUUGUGUACUGAGCUCUCAAGGCCAUGCUGCUGCCGGCCGCCCCUGCUGCAUGGGCAAGGGGCUGCUGUGGGGCUCAGCAGAGUUGCUGCUUCUCCCAGGCAAGGCUGUGGACCGUGGAGCUACAGUCAGCCAGCGUUUGUGCCCCUUCUGCCACUGGGGCUCAGAACGAGGGUGGGGCGGCUGCAGCCUCACGGACUGGAAGCCCCCAGCCUGCCAGACCUGAGAGCUCCAGCCUCAUCAGCUCAGCGUGGAGGGUGAGGGGCUAGGAACAGUGUGUGAGGCGCUGCAGGCCCCACCCCUGGGGCUGUGUCCUGACACUGCAGUCAGCACCAGCGUCCAUCUUGUGCCAUCUUGGGGGCACAUGGUGGACACGAGGGUCCGAAUAGUGUUACUUUCAUUCAGAGUGUUACUUUGUUUCUCCUCCCCAUGUCUGGAGAUCACCAGGGCAUCUCUGGGCUGGACGAGCCCACCCAGGCCUGAGGUAAAGCCCAGCAACCCACAGCCAAUGGAAGGCAGAGGCCUGGGCUGCACUCUCCCUCGAGCCUCCAGGUCAGCUUUGCCAGUCCCUGUCCUUACCAAAGAUGAAUGAAGCAAAUGUUAUGCUGCCUUAUUCAGGGGAGGAGGAGCCCGUCUCCUGCCUACCCCUGUGACCCUGCCUUCCCAAGCAGGGGCCUGAGAUGUGGAACUGCCCCACUGAGGGGGCAGUUUUGUCAAUGCAAUUGUCUCUGUUUUACAAAUUGGAGUCACUCUUAUGCUGUGCCCAGUUUUUGAACUGGAGACUAUGGGCCCUCUGGGCUCUGAGUACCCCUGCUAUGGGCUCAGGCCUUAGGCUGGAUUGGAAAGAGCUGAAGGUAAUGGCCUUUGUGCUCCUGGCCUGGUAUCUGUUCCCCCACUGCAUCAGACAGGAAGAUGGACUGCGCUGAGAGCCUCUGACCCAGCUGGCCACCCUGCCCUGAGCAGGGCACUCGGGCUGGCCAGGGGAGCUCCAUCAGGCUGUCUGUGAGUAUGGUCCAGCUGGGCCAGAGCCUCUCCCACUGGUGGAAGGGAGAGCCCCUGUGCCACCGAUCAUGUCCAUAACCGCCAGCUCUGUUCGUCCUUGGCCAGCCUUGCCCAUCCCCGUGAGGUUUCAGCCUCUUUCUCUUCUUGCUCCUCCCUUGAGGGAGGAGUGGCAGCAGGGGUCUGGGAGCCAGUAUCUCCAAGCAGCUUAGAGUUGGCCUUAUUUACCUCAGCCUGGGCGCUGGUCCUUUUUUCCGGCCCCUCCCCUCCAAAAUGUGCCUAUUGCUAGAGCUCCUCCCUCUCAACACCCAGUUUCCUUGGGAGUUGUCAUUAAAGGAAAAAAAAAAAAAAGCCAGUGCCCAGGGAUGGGCAUCUCCAGGGAACUGGGGAUCAGCGCCAGGCAGCUCAUUGCCAGCCAUGCCCACUUCCCCAAGGGCACCAGAACAAGCCAAAGCCUUCGUUGUAUGUUGACGAUGCACUUUUAUGAAUGUAGUUUCUAUCGCUGUUUUUAGCCUUUUCACAUCAUGUAAUGUGAGGCCUUGUACUUGUUAAUUUAUAUCUCAGAUCAUAUUUGAUGGUUUGUAUAUAUAUCACUUCUAGACUGUUACAGGUGAUGGACACCUCAAGAGAGAAAAAAUGAAAGCCGGUUUUGCAGGAAUGUGUUGCACGGUGCCAACUGGGCCUGGGCCUGUUUCCAUCCUUUUCUCCUGGGGGUCUCUGCCAGGCACCCCCAGCCCAGCCCUAAGACAGCGAGUAUGUGCUCCUGUCUCCACCUCGGCCCUUGCCCAGGGUGGGGACCGGGCCCCUCAUCUCGACCAAAGCUGCCCAGUGGCAGCUCGGCCUCUUCACGACCCCAUCCUGAUGGCUCCACCACUCUUCUUGGGCUCACACCCCUGUCUCACCCCCAUUUCCCAAGGGGAAACAGAGCGUGUGCGGUGCAGGAGCUGACAAGAUGAGACGACUCUGUGUCCCAGGUUCAGGCUCUCACAGAGCCCCCAUUCCCAACCAACCCCCCCAAGGGUCUUAACCUCACAGGGAAUGUGUUUUUAAGAACAAAUUUGCAAAUAAGCCAACCCUGCACUCCAAAAUAGACCCUGAUUUUUUUGUGUGCCCAAAACUGUGGACAUGCUGGCUCAGCAUCCUCAGGACCAAGCUGUUGCUUAAUUUUAAUUUAUUAUUAAAUAAUCCAGAUGACAAGUUGUGGGCUUAGAAUGGCCUGGGCCCAAAGGUUCUGAAGGGCAGUCUCCUAGCAGCCCCAGGGUUGCUGUGGGAAGGGCCAAUGUGCUGUUUGCUUAUCAUCCUGUGGGGCAUGUCAGCCUUGGCCAACGCAACAGAGGCCAACACUGGGGACAAUCUGUCCUCUGCUACCCUCCUGCCCCUCCCACCCACUCCGCUCUGUGUCUGUGUCUGAAUUGUGGAUUGUGCAGAAGAACCUGCAGCCAUAGUUAUCUGACUAUAUCUUGACCGAGGGCUUG